CCACCAACAACAACCGAGGCAACCCUUUCAACAUUCCCAAACCCAAUCAAGCUCGCCCCGAACAUCACCGACUCCAGCAACAUGCACGACCUCAGCACCAGCCUUUCCCCCAUCCCAAAGGACCGAUGACCCCAGGCCCUGCUGGAGGUUUCUCUACCCCUCGUCGGGCAGACCACUACGACCCUUUCAAGCCCGUUCGUCCCUCUGCCUAUAACAACAACCGCUUCUCCCGCCCAGUCAACGACGAUGUCGUCGAGAUUCGCCGGCCAGAAAAUUAUACCUUCAAUACGCCGCGGGCGCCCAAGACUUUCUUUGCCUCCAAGCCCUCGGCCAUCAAAAUGUCGAAUGCGUCGCGAAAUCUACAAAAUUUCGUCGAUUUAACCGGUGGGGGUGGGUUCACGCCGAGUGCGCGGCCCAAGAAUACAGGGUUCGGAUCGAUGGAUGUGAACGGGUUCGUGGAUACGGCGAAGGCGAAUGAGAAUAUUAAGGCAUUGUUGGAGGGGGCAUUUGAGGAUGACGAGGACAAAGAGAAGAAGAAGGACAAAUCAAAGAAGAAAAAGAAGAAGGACAAGAAGAGAGAUUCCAAGAAGGAGAAGAAGGAUUUGACGAAAGAGAAGAAGCAGGACACCGUUGACAUUGAUGAUCUUGCCGCGCAGCUGGAGGGUGUGACGGUGAAGGAGACGAGAACUUCAGAUGAUAGUGAGGAUGAAGACGAGACAUCCCCGAGCUCGCCUAAAGCCUCCGCUGAGGAUUUGGCGAAGGAAAAAGAAGAGGAGAUCACCAGUGAGGUUGAUGAUGAGUCAGAAGACGAGGAAGAAGAGGAAGAAGAGGAGGAGGAGGAAGAUGACGAUGAUGGCACAGUGGAGGGCCUCAAGGUCAAAUUACUUCCUCACCAGCGCGAGGGUGUUAACUGGAUGUGUGAUAAGGAGACUGGCCGAAACAAGACGAAGGGUGUCCUUCCCAAGGGUGGUAUUCUGGCUGAUGAUAUGGGUCUCGGGAAAACCGUUCAAACGAUCGCCCUGAUCCUUUCUAAUCGAAAACCUGCAAAUGGAUUAAGAAGGUCUAAGUCUGAGGAUGAGGACGACAGUGACGAGGACGAAGAAGAAGAUACUCGGAAACUUCCGCCCGGUCUCAGCAAGACCACUUUAGUCGUCGCACCUCUGGCACUUAUCAAGCAGUGGGAAGCAGAGAUUCAAGACAAAGUUGAACCCUCACACAGGCUCCGUGUGCUAGUUUACCACGGCACUGCACGCGCAAAGGCGACAGACAAAUUGGAGGACUACGAUGUUGUGAUCACUACCUAUGGAACUCUGACGUCGGAGCAUGGUGCGAUCGACAAGAACAAGAAGAAGACGGGCAUUUUUUCGGUCUACUGGUAUCGGAUCGUCCUAGAUGAAGCCCACACGAUCAAGAACCGAAACGCCAAGGCAACCCAGUCUGCUUGUGCUCUCGACGCUGAAUAUCGGUGGUGCCUAUCAGGAACGCCACUGCAGAACAACCUUGACGAGCUCCAGAGUCUUAUCAAAUUUCUACGAAUCAAACCAUUCAACGACCUAGCCAAUUGGAGAGAGCAGAUCACGAAGCCCAUAGCUAACGGUCGCGGUGGUCUUGCCAUUGAGCGGUUGCAGGUCUAUCUCAAGAUCUUUAUGAAGAGACGGACUAAGGAUGUUCUGAAGCAGAACGCCAACCUCAAGCCGGGUGAAGAAGGCAAGGGAGGUGAAAAGAAGAAGUCCACUGGCUUCCAGAUCGUCAAACGAGAGGUCGUCAAGGUUGAAGCGGAAUUUAUGCCCGGGGAACUAGACUUUUAUAAACGCCUUGAACAGCGUACAGAUGACAGUCUGGAGAAGAUGAUGGGUGGUGAAAAGGUCGACUAUGCCGGCGCGUUGGUCCUAUUGUUGCGCCUCCGGCAGUCGUGCAAUCACCCCGACCUGGUCAAGAGCGAUCUUGCAAAGGACAAAGAUAUUCUCCUGCAGACAGGAGCCACUGGUAGUCAAUCGUCAUCUGACAAGAACGAUGACCUGGACAGCAUGGCAGAUCUGUUUGGAGCAUUGAGUGUGGUGUCCAAGAAAUGUGAUAUCUGUCAGAUGGAUCUUAGCAAGGACGAGGCAUCGGGCGGUAGAAGUAGAUGCAGAGAGUGCCAGACUACGUUGGAUACAAACGUGAUGACGACCGACAGGAAGAAAAGGACUGGUCCCAACGCGGUUAUCGAUCUGACACAGUCACCUUCGGCGCGCCGCUCUGAGGCCCAGGCAGCUCGACUCCGCAGAAACAGAAGAGUGGUUCUCGACAGCGAUGACGAGGAUGACGAGGAUGGCGAAGAUGGCGAGUGGAUAGUCCCAGAGAAUCAGCGCAAGGAAGCCAAUCUAGGGAAGGCUGGGGGAACCGACGAUGAAGAUGCUGAGGGGGGCGGUGAAUGGCUCAACUCGGAUGAUUCUGACACCGACGAAGACGAACCGGAUUCACCGAGUCGGAAGCCUACGAGCAUACGCAAAGAGACUCAUGGCCUUGUUACUGUCGAUAGCGAGGACGAUGAUGACAUCUACCUAAAUCCUGGGGAUGACGCCAGCGACGUUCUCCCGUCUACCAAAGUCCGGCAUCUCAUGAAGAUCCUCCGACGUGAGUCGGCAGACCACAAAUUCAUCGUCUUCUCGGUUUUCACCUCCAUGUUGGACAAGAUUGAGCCCUUUCUCAAGCGCGCGGGAAUUGGAUUCGCGCGGUACGAUGGUGGCAUGCGUAACGACCAUCGCGAAGCGAGCCUCAACAAGCUUCGCAACAACAGUGCCACGCGGGUUCUUCUGUGCAGUUUGCGAGCUGGUGCAUUGGGGCUAAAUCUCACUGCCGCAAGCCGUGUCGUCAUCCUGGAGCCAUUCUGGAAUCCUUUUGUCGAAGAGCAAGCGAUUGAUCGAGUUCACCGACUGAAUCAGACCCGGGACGUCAAGAUCUUCAAGAUGAUCAUCAAAGGCACGGUGGAGGAGCGGAUUCUUGAUCUUCAGGAUCGCAAGCGGGAACUCGCGAACGUGACCAUUGAAGGCAAGACCGCAGCUGCGAAGCUCACGAUGAAGGACAUGAUGGCGCUGUUUGGCAAGGAUGCCGAAGCGCGAUACAACGGAGACAGCAACAUCGACUUGACGCAGACCACUAAACUGUUGGCCUCCGGGACUGAUGGCGGCUCUCCGUACGUGAGCAAGAGCAGCGCAAACCGAUCCGCCGAGUCGCAGUCGCGCGAGCGCAACCGUCAGCAAGGCAACCGUGCCUCUCGGACGGAGGAUUCGGUGUAUGGGAGACGGUGGUAAUCCAGAUGAUGGUUGCGUGAUCAAACUUCGAAACGCAUCGUGUGAUGGGCCACGCACAUGGAUCCUUGAUAGGCGGUCAAUGCAUUAGAAGGUGUUGAUUGGGGG